AUGAGGAAUACAAAAGGUGGUGUUGACAGCCUCAAGCACUCUCUCUUCAAAGCUAGCUUCAUUGCUAGAAGCUUUGAGGCUAGACAGUUUUUGUCUUUUGAUGCUUUACAGCAGAAGCAAAUUCGAGAAAAAGCUUUAGCAGAUGCUUUUGCCAAAGAAGAGGAAGCGAAAGCUCGAGAGAAAGCUGCUAGAGAAGCACGAGGUAGAGCACAGGCAAGGAUUUCUUCUGUGAAUACAACUCCAUGGGAUGUUGCUAUUCCACAGAGUUCUUACCGCAGCAGUGAAGUCUCUACCUCAGCAAAAUUUCAGCAACUUGAUAGCGAAAUAGAAGAUUUGCUCUCCAAUAAAUUGAGACUCCCAAUCACAGGAAGCUAUCCGGAGUCGAGAGGAGACGCUGCAUCAUUAUCGCAGAAAAUACAGACCACUACGAAAACUGAGGGAUCGAACUUCCCCAACUUAAGGCCAACACCAGAUUACAAACCGUAUUCAGAUUCAGAACUUUUCCUCAGGCAUUUGAUUCAUACCGGAAAGUCAGGAAAAUUGGGCUCGCAGCUUAUGGAUGUUCAUCAAGCUAAGGACGCGAGGGAGAAUCCGCAACCAAUUUCUGAAAUUUCUAUCAGCCAUUUGAUGAGUGCUGGCUGCCAUUUUGGCCAUUCUAAAUCUCUGUGGAGACCUUCAACACAGCCAUACAUAUUCGGAGAGUAUCAGGGCACACAUCUCAUCGAUCUUAAUGAGACAUUGGCGGCACUCAAACGAGCAGCACAUGUGAUCAAAGAUGUUUCUAGAAAAGGCGGGCUUAUCUUAUUUGUGGGAACAGGCAGACUGGUAGAACAACAUCGUGCACUUGAAAGAGCCGCUGAAAGAAGUGGUGGGUAUUAUGUUUCCCGAAGAUGGAUACCAGGAACCAUUACUAAUGCCUUGGAGGUCACAAAGCAGUUAGGCGGGGUCCAAAAAGUUGAGGUAAACAUGGGUGAUGACAUCACCCUGAGGAACAUUUCACAAGAUGGCACUAUCAAGCCGGACAUUGUUAUUAUCUUAAACCCUGUCGAAAACAGGAAUGUCAUUAACGAGUGUACGAUUGCUCGUAUCCCAACAAUUGGUCUCUCAGAUACCGAUAUGGAGCCGUCACUCUUGUCGUAUCCAAUCCCGUGUAAUGAUGACUCAAUAAGAGCUAUUACCCUAGUUUUGGGCGUGCUAUCGAGAGCUGCCGAAGAGGGCGUUCAAGAGAGAAAGGGCUUUUUCAAAAUUUUCUUCGGUCAAAUCAUCUGCUCUGGUCUGAGCGUAUUUUUGUAA